CCCCCAUCAUGGCGGACCCUCCGGCUCUUUCCGUCCCUCCGGGAACGGCAGAAAACGGCGCUGCGGGCCGGAUCCCAACCCCACCCCGGGGUGAAGCGGGGCCCGGGCCCCCGCCGCCUCCACCCCCUCCUCCGCCGCCUCCUCCCCCGCCAAGGGAAGCCGAAGUGGCGGUGGAGAUCGGCGAAACCUAUUUGUGCCGGAGGGCGGACGGCAGCUGGCACUCAGCGGAGGUGAUUCAGUCGCGGCUGAACGAGCAGGAAGGGCGCGAGGAGUUCUACGUGCAUUACGUCGGCUUUAACCGGCGCCUGGACGAAUGGGUGGACCGGAACCGACUGGCGCUGAGCAAAACGCUGAAGGACGCGGUGCAAAAAAACUCGGAGCAAUUUUUGGGGGAAAUCCCAGAACAACCGGAGAGGAAAAUCACCAGGAAUCAGAAACGGAAACACGAUGAGAUCAACCAUGUGCAGAAGACGUACGCAGAGAUGGACCCAACCACAGCAGCGCUGGAGAAGGAGCACGAAGCCAUCACCAAAGUGAAAUACGUGGACAAAAUCCACAUUGGGCACUUUGAGAUCGACGCCUGGUAUUUCUCCCCUUUCCCCGAGGAUUAUGGGAAGCAGCCCAAGCUGUGGAUCUGCGAGUAUUGCCUCAAGUACAUGAAGUACGAGCGCACCUACCGCCUGCACCUGGGUCAGUGCCAAUGGAGGCAGCCGCCGGGACGCGAGAUCUACCGCAAGAGCAACAUCUCUGUGUACGAGGUGGACGGCAAAGACCACAAGAUCUACUGCCAGAACCUGUGCCUGCUGGCCAAGCUGUUCCUGGACCACAAGACGCUGUACUUCGACGUGGAGCCCUUCGUCUUCUACCUGCUGACCGAGGUGGACCGCCAGGGGGCGCACAUUGUGGGCUACUUCUCCAAGGAGAAGGAAUCCCCAGACGGGAACAACGUCGCCUGCAUCCUGACGCUGCCGCCCUACCAGCGCCGCGGAUACGGGAAGUUCCUCAUUGCCUUCAGUUACGAGCUCUCCAAGCUGGAAAGCACCGUGGGAUCCCCCGAGAAGCCGCUGUCGGACCUGGGCAAGCUGAGCUACCGCAGCUACUGGUCCUGGGUGCUGCUGGAGAUCCUGAGGGACUUCAGGGGCACCCUGUCCAUCAAGGACCUCAGCCAGAUGACCAGCAUCACGCAGACGGACAUCAUCAGCACGCUGCAGUCGCUCAACAUGGUGAAGUACUGGAAGGGGCAGCACGUCAUCUGCGUCACCCCCAAGCUGGUGGAGGAGCACCUCAAGAGCGCCCAGUACAAGAAGCCGCCCAUUACCGUCGAUUCCAUCUGCCUGCGCUGGGCUCCUCCGAAGCACAAACAGGCGAAGCUGGCCAAGAAGUGACGCCGGAUGCCGUCAGCGUCACCCAUGGGUGCCCCCAGCACCCAACGCCGUCACCCAUGGGUGUCCCCAACCCCCUCAAGUGUCACCAUGCCCCAUGGGUGCCCCCAACCUCCUCAGGUGUCACCGUCACCCAUGGGUGCCCUCAAAACCCAUUGCUGUCACCUUUAGGUUUCCCUAACCCCCUCAGGUGUCACCCAUGGGUGCCCCCAACACCCAUUGCUGUCACCCAUGUGUGCCCCCAGCACCCUCAGGUGUCACCUUUAGGUGUCUCCAACCCCCUUAGGUGUCACCGUCACCCAUGGGUGCCCCCAACACCCAUUGCUGUCACCCAUGGGUGCCCCCAACCCCCAAUGGUGUCACCUUUAGGUGUCCCCAACCCCCUCAGGUGUCACCGUCACCCAUGGGUGCCCCGAACACCCAUUGCUGUCACCUUUAGGUGCCCCCAACCCCUUGAGGUGUCACCCGUCACCCAUGGGUGCCCUCAAAACCCAUUGCUGUCACCUUUAGGUUUCCCUAACCCCCUCAGGUGUCACCCAUGGGUGCCCCCAACACCCAAUGCUGUCACCCAUGGGUGCCCCCCAACCCCCUCAGGUGUCACCUCUAGGUGUCCCCAACACCGUCACCCAUGGGUGUCCCCAGCACCCAACGCUGUCACCCAUGGGUGCCCCCAACACCCAUUGCUGUCACCUCUAGGUGUCCCCAACCCCCUCAGGUGUCACUGUCACCCAUGGGUGCCCCCAACACCUUCAAGUGUCACCUUUAGGUGCCCCCAACCCCCUCAGGUGUCACCUUUAGGUGUCCCCAAACCCUCCGGUGUCACCCAUGGGUGUCCCCAACCCCCUGAGGUGUCACCGUCACCCAUGGGUGCCCCCAACAUCCAAUGCUGUCACCCCAUGGGUGCCCCGCGCAGUUUGGACAAUAAAGUUGCAGGUGGAAUUGUU